ACUGAGAAGAUCGGAGGGAACAAAUUGAAGACACUUCUGGAAGAACUGGAAACUAUUUUUGUCAGAUCUGGGAUUUAUUCUUGUUUCCAAAUUGGAAAAAGGACAUUUAACACAUUGUUAUUUGUUUUAUCUUAAAGCUCUAUUUUCCUGUGCUGAAGAACUGAAAUACAACGAUCCUGGGAUAUUAUCUGCUGGAGUCGGUGAAUGUAAACUCAUCUUCAGCCUCAGGAUUAUGUUGGUGCGUGCUCGCUCUGAGGAUCUGAAGGAGGAUCAAAAUGCUGAAAUGUAAAGUUCAAAGUUAUUUCUGCUGCCUGUGGUUCACCUCGCUGCUGCUCCAGGAUCUGAGCAGAGCAGCUCCGGCAGAGAGCCAGUCCGCCCCUUGUAGCAUCUCUGUGUCUGAGCCAGAAUCCAACCUGGACUCCAUCUCUCUAACCAUCAACACACCCGGACACGACUGCUCCUUCACCCUCACGUCUCCUGACACAGGAGCAGACGGCGCUGAGUGUAAGAACAGAAUAACGACGAGUGGACAUGAGGAGGUAGAGACGAAUGAGAUCAAAGAAAAGGAGCACACAGAGGAGGAGGUGAAGGAGGAGAAAGAAGGGAACUAUCUGGGGACCAAUCAGCUAGGAGUUGAGGAUGGAGGUAACAAGGAGGCAGGAGGUGUUUUCACGUGUGUGUUGGAUCACCUGGAGCCAGGAACCGCCUACCUGCUGCAGGUUCAGUCUCAGAAAGACGAGGAGACCAUCAACAUCACCGUGCACACCCGGCCGUCAGCAGUGAGCGGCCUGUCAGUGACCUCCAGGACCGGCAGCAGCCUGGGCCUUUCCUGGCAGGCUGGCCCAGGGAGGACGCAGCGCUUCAGGCUGCAGCUUCAGGAUCACACCGGUCUGCUGAGGAACGAGACAUUAGAAAGCACAACAACCCAACACACGGUCGCCCACCUGUCACCUGGAUGCCUGUACAAUAUAACCAUGGUUACAGAGGCAGGUGGACUGCAGAACAGCCUGACGAUGGAGACUCAGACAGUUCCUGCUUCUGUCACCAAUCUCACCGCCAACAGUAACAGAACAAGCAUCCUGCUGUCAUGGCAACAACCUGAAGGCGACCUGGACGAGUUGGAUGUGAGCGUCUCCACUAAUGGCACAGGCCUUAAAGAGAUAACUCUUCCUCCGGACGCCACGGAGGUAUCAGUAGACCAGCUGACCCCAGGCUCGGCUUAUCAUAUCAUUGUGAUAACCAGGGCUGGGAAACUAAAGAACCAAUCAGAGCUCAGCGUCAGGACAGCUCCGGCAGCAGCAUCCCAACUCUCAAUGUCCCCUUCCUCUAACGAUGGUGGCCUCGUCUUGUCUUGGACGCCCCCUGCAGGCCACUGGGAGAGCUACAGGGUCUCUCUGUUUGAUGGAUCCCUGCAGUUAGUCAGCGUCGCUCUGGAUCAAGAGACAGUGACCUUCAGCUUUCCUGGGACGGGACUAAUACCUGGAAAACUUUACAGAGCAGAGCUGGAAGUGGAGAGUGGAGGACUGAAGGCCGAGAGCAGCUGUGAAGGGGCAACAG